AUGUUGAGGACGGAGCCUGCGGCGGCGACGCAACAGGUCGAUACAUUUGUGUUCCAAAUUUUAGCAGAGCGCGAAGAAGAAGGCAAGAAGGGCCACAUAUUCCAAGACGUAAUCGACGACUACAUCCACAAACUCUUGUGGUACAAACGUGACAUCCCCAACACUACGGGGCGAGAGGUCUUCCGCGACGAGGAAGCCGUCGGGCUGAUCCACAAGAUCGAAGGCCUCGGAGGUACGAAAGAGGACGUCAUUGCAAGCUUAGUUCGCAUCUCGGCCCAAGCCAUCUGCCGCUUUGCCCCCCAAGAACAAGCCUAUCAGCGAACUCUACAUGGCUGGUGGAGGCGCCCACAACCCCAACAUCACCGAUCACAUCCAGAAAAGAUUCCGCACAUGCGCCUGACAUGGCUCGACGAAGUCAAAUUUCCCAGCGAUGCUAACGAGGCCGUUUCUUUCGCAUGGAUGGAGAUGGAAGCUAUAGUUGGCCGGCGUUUAUUGGGGCCGAAGCGCGUCGAAACCGACAUUCCUUGCGUUGUUGGCAAGAUCACUCCCGGUAACAAGUUCGGCGAGCUCAUGACGAUGGGGACGGAGUUUGGUAAGAGUUACAAGGGCAUGCUACCGGCGGUGAAGAGUCUCCAAAUCGAGAAGGGCUGGACUGGCAAGACCGUGCAUGACUACGUUCCUACUUGCCCUGGACCCAAGCCUUUCUGGUGA